ACUUCCCCGAGUCUUCUCCAAGAGGGGAAAACACGAAUCUUCUCCUCCUGGCUCUGCCCAAUACCGCCAGGUCCCCAGCGGGCUUUCGGUGAGGACUUGCUCUCACGGGGGUCCUGGUGGGGACCGGCCUUGGCCCUUCCCCGAAGAAGCGCUGGGUGGAGGAAGGGGGGCAACGAGCCGGGCAGCCGGGAUCCCAGGGCUGCAGACAAGAACCGUUUGGGGGCACGGUGUGGUUGGGGUACCCAGCUCGAAGCCCUCGGACCCGGACCGGUCCCGCUGGGGCGGGGGGGGGGGCAGCGUCGCGGGCGUUCCCUGCCCCACCCCCCCCCCGGGGUGGCGCCCCGAGCGGGCGGAAGCAGAGGGGGCGCCGCGACGCGGCAGAGGCGGCCAUGGGCGCGCGCGUCCGGGCGCUGCUGCUGGCGCAGCUGUUGGUGCGAGCGGGGCUCCGGGGACAGGACGUUCAGGAUCUGGACCAGCUGUUUCCAGGUAAGGCGCCCGGGACGCGCGCCUCCCCGCGCAGGGCACCUGAGCCGGAGCGCAAGGGGCGCCUCAUCUUUUCCUCUCCCCGCCCAGGUUUCGAGAACUCGUCGUUGCUCACGUGUAACUGCCGGGCCCCGGGGGGUGGGAGGGGCGGCGCCCGCGCGCCACGUGGGGAGGGGCGCGAGGUCCCCCGGUCCCUGGGCGGCGCGGCCCCGACGCGCGCGUUUUCCCAGGGGCCCCUCGCGUUGGUUCGCGCGGGCCGGUGGGGCGGCCGGGGUCGUGCGGCUCAGCCGCGUGCCCGCGUGUCCGUCCCAGGGCCCUGCGGCCGCCGAACCGUUUCGACGACGCGCGUGGUGGGCGGCAAGGACUCGGAGCUGGGGCGCUGGCCGUGGCAGGGCAGUCUGCGCUUGUGGGGCGCCCACCACUGCGGCGCCAGCCUGCUCAACCGCCGCUGGGUGCUGUCGGCCGCGCACUGCUUUGAAAAGCACACUGAUCCCUUUGAGUGGUCCGUGCAGUUUGGCGAGCUGUCUGCCUCACCGUCUAUCUGGAAUCUGGAGGCCUACUACAACCGGUACCAGGUGGAGGAGAUCAUUUUGAACCCCAUGUAUCUGGGGGCUUCAUCCUCUGACAUCGCCCUGCUGAAGCUGUCCUCCUCCGUCACCUACAAUAAGUACAUCCACCCCGUCUGUGUUGCGGCCUCUUCCUCGGAGUUCCAGAACCAGACUGACUGCUGGGUGACGGGCUGGGGGCACAUCGGAGAAGAUCAAGUGCUGCCAGCCCCCUACCUCCUCCAGGAAGUACAGGUCGGCAUCAUCAACACCACCAUGUGUAACUACCUGUACACACAGCCCCUGGUCCGCUACGACAUCUGGGGGGACAUGGUGUGCGCUGGCGAUUCCCAAGGAGGCAAGGAUGCCUGCUUCGGUGACUCCGGUGGGCCCUUGGCCUGCGAAAAGAGAGGUGUGUGGAUUCAGGUUGGCAUCGUGAGCUGGGGAUCGGGCUGCGGUAGACCCAACCGGCCCGGGGUCUACACCAAUGUCAGUAGGCACUUCAACUGGAUCCGGAUGCUGGUGGCCCGCGGCAGCACUCACAGGCUGGAGCCCUCUCGGCUGCUCCUGCCCCUCGCUGUGCUCUGGGCCGGGCUCCCGCAGCCGGCCUGAGCCCAACGGAGUCCUGAGAGCUGGGGCCAUCUGCUGAGCCAGGCCCCGUCCCCCACCUUGUCCCUUUUCUAAUAAACUCCUUAGCGUGUUGGAA